CAGCAGCAACAGCAGCAGCAGCAGCAGCAGCAGCAGCACGAGUUCCCUUUGGGGGAUUCUUAUACGUUGAAGCCCCUACAUAUGGCUUACCGCUGCUGCACGGGGAGCUGCGUUUGCUGCGUGGUGCUGCUGGCGGUGCACCUCUGGGUUCAGCAGCAGCAGCAGCAGCAGCAGCAGCAGCAGCAGGACAGCAACAGCAGCAGCAGCAGCGGCAGCCACCGCUGCUGCUGCAGCAGCCCGUCGGCAUCAGCAGCAGAAUACCCCUCCCCCUCCUUCACGCCCCCAGAGCCAACAAAACGCAUGCAGCCCCACCAGUGGCUCCAGCAGAAGCAGCAAAGCGGCUGCUGCAGCAGCAGCAGCAGCAGCAGCAAGAGGAGCUGCUUCAGAGGCGGCAGCAGCUGAGAGCUGAACAGAUGCAGCAGCAGCAGCAGCAACAGCAGCGGCCCCAGAGUAGACAAACAGAAGCUGCUGCUGCAGCACGCACAACAGCAACAGCAGCAGCAGCAACAGGAGCAGCAGCAGGCACAGACACGGCAGAUACAGAAAUUUGCUGCGUGGUGCUGCUGGCGGUGCACCUCUGGCUGAGAGCUGAACAGAUGCAGCAGCAGCAGCAGCAACAGCAGCGGCCCCAGAGUAGACAGACAGAAGCUGCUGCUGCAGCACGCACAACAGCAGCAGCAGCAGCAACAGGAGCAGCAGCAGGCACAGACACGGCAGAAACAGAAACAGCAGCAGCAGCAGCAGCAGCAGCAGCAGCAGCAGCAGCAAGUCCUGCCCCCCGUAACUGGCUGAGCAGGACUUGGGGCAUUCCUCCUCUGGCCCCUAUCACCGCAGGAGCAGCAGCAGCAGCAGCAGCAGAAGCAGCAGCAGCAGCAGCAGCAGCAGGAUGUGAAGGGCACACCAACGCUGCAGCUGAAGACAGCAGAGACAGACCCGAGCAGAUCCAGCCUGGAGCAGCAGAUGCUGCCGAAGCAGCAGCAGCAGCAGCAGCAGCAGCAGCAGGAACGGGUGCUAGCGGAGAAGCGAGUUCUGCUGCAGUUGCUGCUGCAGUUGCUGCUGCAGCAGAUUCGUUCCAAGGAGGAGCAGCAGCAACUACGUUGAUACCGGAUGACUACGGCCCGCAGCAGCAGCAGCAGGAGCAGCAGCAGCAGCAGCAGGAGGAGCAGCAGGAGGAGCAGCAGCAGCAGCAGCAGCAGAACUGGAAGCUGCUGCUGCGCAACCCCUCAGUAGCUGAGCGGCUGCAGCGGCGGCUGCUGCUGCGGGACCCCGCCUGGGGCGUCACCCAUCCUGCUGCAGCAAGAGCCCAGCAGCAGCAGCAGCAGGCCAGCUGCCUCCUGCUGCAGUAA